CUCAUGAAUCAUGAGAUCACAAUCUGAGCCAGUAUUGAGUCUGAUGCUCAACUGACUGAGCCACCCAGCUGCCCUCAGGCGAAAACUUUUAAGAGCACCGGAGAGGUAGAUGAAGUUCCUUUCCAGCAACCACAUUUUUGUAUUUCUAGGUUAGUUAUCAAAUACCCCAAGUACAUAAUAUUUUUAAACAACUUUUCUCCUCAUCUGUGCACACACACACACACAGACAGAUUUUUCCAGGGAUCUUCCUUAUUUUUCAUUUUGAGAAAUUAAAAAGAGAUGUGAUCGCAAGGGUAGGAGUGGAAGGCGGAACAAACAAAGAGAAGCAAGUACUUGGCACUGAGUUUCUGGAGGACUGUGGGGUCCAGUGCACCUUUCCUCCUGUAGAUACAGUGGAGGAGCGAUCCACUGAGGCCAGAAGAUGUGUCUUUCCAGUGCCUUCCUGCUCCUCUGCCUUCCGGGCUAUUUCACUCUGAGCAUUCCCAGGAUCUUAAAAGGCACAACGGGAGGAACAUUGGUGAUGGAGUGCCGGUACAAUGUGGGAGAGGAGGGUCACAGGAAGUUCUGGUGCCGAGGGCCCAACUGGACAGACUGUGUCCGAGUCAUUGAAACAGAACAGAUGGCAGGGCAAGAGGUGAGGCGUGGCCGAGUAACCCUUCGAGACAACCCCAGAGAGCACCUUUUCCAUGUGAUCCUGGAGGACCUGGAGGAAGGAGAUGCAGACACUUACUGGUGCGGGGUGGACAGGGCCACAAGUGUCCCCCAGGCCCCGGUGGCUGUGACUGUUUUUCCAGGCUCACCGACAGUAUCAAUGAUGACCACUGAGACAUUGGCCAGCAUGGGAGCCCCAGCUCUGACCAGUCACAUGGCCAGCCCUGGCCUUCCUGCCUGGAUGUCUGGAACCUCAGCUGGAAUCCCAUAUGUGGCCUCUGCAUGUGGUCUGGGCUUCCUUACAAUAUGGUGGCUGGGUCCAUGAGCAAGUGUUCCAAGACAGCCAAGCCCUUCCUGUUCUUUGCCAGCUUCCUAUUCCUGGUCUUGCUGAAAGUCAGCCUCUUCCUGAGCUUCAAUUAUGCUGCCAUUUGGUUGGCCUGGCUUCAGCGUCACCUCUGAGGACGAUGGUCUGCCCAGCCCAGUGUAACUGCAGCUCACUCCCCAGUGACUCCCUGUCUGGUGACACAGUUCCUGGCCUCUCUGCUCCAAACUCAGCCUGGACCCAUCCCUGGGAUGUGAAGCCAGAAAUGAAUCAGCCCCAGCAGAGACUUUUGUGCCUGGGCAUUGAGUCAUCUUUGCCGGAUCCUUUCCCGGGCUGGUCUGACAGCAGACACCAGGACUCCAUGUGAGGAUAUGGGCUGUGGACUGAGAUGGAUGUGUGUUCAAACUUCAGUGCUUACAACAUGACCCAGUAGAGGUUUUUGA